AUGGAAAAAUUCAAGGAGAAAAUUGCAUUACUUCGUGCUGAUACAGAAACCGCAACUGCUCGUGCUGAUGAACUCGAGGCUCAUAUUAAACAGUUGGAGACAGAACAUAUUUCCAAAGAUCAUGAACUCGUCUCUCUUCAAAAUCAAGUCAAGAAUUUAGAGUCUAAGCUUGAUGAUGCUGAAGCCAAACUCAAGACUAGCACUGAAAACUUUACAGAAGCUGAUUUAAAAGCAGAAGAGGCUGAACGUAAAAUCGCCACCCUUGAAAAAGAGUUAAACGAACAAGAGGAAAAGUAUGAAGAUCUCGUGGAAAAGCAUAAGGCAGCAAAGGCUGAAAUGGAUGAGUUGGCUCGUCAAUUUGAUGAUUUUUAA